GUGAAUGAAGAAGGGGCCGAGGCAGUUGCAGCCACAAAAAUUUCGGGUGUGCCACUAUCAACCCACCCCUGUAUUAAUGCUGAUCAUCCAUUUCUCUUCUUCAUUGUCACUGAUAAUGGAUUCCCAGUAUUUGCGGGUCAUGUGAUGAAUCCAUUGGAAGAAUAA